AUGCCUCGAAGAUCAACAAUCAAAAUUAGGUCAGGGAAUACGACUCGAAUUCAAUUGUCACUUGGGGAGGCUCUGUUUCCAAAGCCACGCAGUCUUCAACUCAGUUGUGGAAAUUUACCGCUGAUGGAAAUGGCAGCGGGAUUUGGAGUGUUGAGGAUAAGUACUCCCAAGAAUUGUCCAGCAUUCGUCGAUCUCACGGUGGGGCAUUUGCCAGCAAACCAGAUUCGGGCUUUUAAUUAUUUUGGAGGCUUCGAGGAAACGAAGACCAAAAUUGACCCCAAGAUGCCAGUUGGCGGGUUAUCUUCAGCUCAACUACACAACACCCGAGGGGCUACCAGCGUGGACGAACCGAACGGAUACACCUUACUCCUCAUCUGGUACCCUUUACGCGGCAACUGCCCACUACAUUCCCAGGGCUUGAUCAUGAUACUAGCAGGUGCCGAGUAUAAUUCUACGAACCAGGAGCCUGGAAACCUUAGCAUGGAAGUGGUCUGGUUUGUCGACCCUGUCACAAAGAGGUGGUAUUCACAGAAGACGAUCGGGCAAGCGCCCGAGCCACGCAGGUGGGCUUGUGUAGUUGGUGCACAGAGUCUAAACAACACGUACGAUAUUUUCCUUUUUGGCGGUUUGACCGAUAACCGAGUGGGCUUCGGGGAUGUCUGGAUUCUGAGUCUGCCAGGUUUCGUUUGGAUACAGGCGGAUGCCAAGCAGAUGCCCCGGGCUUACAUGUCUUGCGUUGUCGCCGGAAGGCGUCAGAUGAUCACCGUUGGAGGUGUUGAUCCGAGUUUGCCACAGGGAACGCCGAUGGAGGAUCCCGAUACAUUCCAUCAAGGCAUAGGAGUUCUGGACUUGACAAGUCUUGAAUGGACAGAUGAGUACAACUCGUUGGCGGCUGCGUAUGAAUCUUUGAAUGCAGUUAAAUCUUGGUACAAUGAGGGAAAUCUUGCAUCCGUACGAUACGACACGGGCGUUGAGGAUUUAAUGAGUUCCUCUUUCAGUCUUGAACUCCCGGGUCUUGGGGAUGGGACUGGUGGCGAUAGUAACAGUACUAUCCUUGGAAAUCACCAGGACAACUCAUUGCAUCCUGCUGCGAUGGGCGGUAUAGUUGGUGGUAGUAUUCUGGCGGCUGCUGUAGCCGGUAUAGUCAUCUUGCUGCUCGCGAGGCGGCGAAAGAGGAGACGCCAGUCUAUAAAACAGCCUGCCACUGAACCUGAUUGCCCAGAGCUAGCGACUGCCCGGGCAAAGGCCUCUUGA